AGGCGAUGAGAGGAACUUCCCACUGAGGCGAGCGGACUUCGUUGUUGGGUCAGGGCGAGUUCCUGAGGCGUGCUGCCUGCGCCUAGAAAACAGUCCGGAAAGCUCCGGGGUUUUCUAAAGCGGAAACGUUUAGAGGUGAACGUGGAGAAAUAUAUAUUCCAAAGAACUAGGGUUUUGUACAGUGUGGUACGACGGUCUUGCCCUUUUCCAAGAUGGCGGCGCGGCUUCCCUGAGUGUCUUACUUCCGCUCGUCUGCCGGGAGGCGCUCUUUAUUGGCCCGUGGACGGGCGCUGUGGCUUGAUUCACAGGGGCGUUGACCAAUCCGCGGAGAGCUGAGCUGGACUUGGCGGUGGGAGCCUGAGUCCGGCUCUUGCUGUUGUGGGCACGGACUGCUACGGCCAGUUUGUUUUUAGACUAUGGCAACAUAUCUGGAGUUCAUUCAGCAGAAUGAAGAGCGGGAUGGUGUGCGUUUCAGUUGGAAUGUGUGGCCUUCCAGCCGACUUGAGGCUACGAGAAUGGUUGUUCCUCUGGCUUGUCUUCUUACACCUUUGAAAGAACGUUUAGAUUUGCCACCUGUACAAUAUGAACCCGUGCUCUGCAGCAGGCCAACCUGCAAAGCCAUUCUUAAUCCACUUUGUCAGGUCGAUUAUCGGGCAAAACUUUGGGCCUGUAAUUUCUGUUUCCAAAGAAAUCAGUUUCCUCCAGCUUAUACAGGCAUAUCUGAGGUGAAUCAGCCUGCUGAAUUAAUGCCCCAGUUUUCUACAAUUGAGUAUGUGAUACAGCGAGGUCCACAGACUCCUCUAGUCUUUCUCUAUGUGGUUGACACAUGCCUAGAAGAAGAAGACCUUCAAGCACUCAAAGAAUCUCUACAAAUGUCCCUGAGUCUUCUUCCUCCAGAUGCUCUGGUGGGUUUGAUCACAUUUGGGAGGAUGGUGCAGGUUCACGAAUUGAGUUGUGAAGGAAUCUCCAAAAGUUAUGUCUUUCGAGGGACCAAGGAUUUAACUGCAAAGCAGAUACAGGAUAUGCUUGGCCUGACCAAGCCUGCCAUGCCCAUGCAACAAGCAAGACCUCAACCACAGGAGCACCCUUUUGUUUCAAGCAGGUUUCUGCAGCCUGUUUACAAGAUUGACAUGAACCUCACUGACCUUCUUGGGGAGCUGCAGAGGGACCCUUGGCCUGUAACUCAGGGGAAGAGACCUUUGCGAUCCACUGGUGUUGCUUUGUCUAUUGCUGUUGGCUUGUUGGAGGGCACUUUUCCAAAUACAGGAGCCAGGAUUAUGGUGUUUACAGGGGGUCCCCCGACCCAAGGUCCUGGAAUGGUGGUUGGAGAUGAAUUAAAGGUUCCUAUUCGUUCUUGGCAUGAUAUUGAGAAAGAUAAUGCACGUUUUAUGAAGAAAGCAACCAAGCACUAUGAAAUGCUUGCUAAUCGAACUGCUACAAAUGGCCACUGCAUUGAUAUUUAUGCUUGUGCCCUUGAUCAAACUGGACUUUUGGAGAUGAAAUGCUGUGCAAAUCUUACUGGAGGCUACAUGGUGAUGGGAGAUUCUUUCAACACAUCUCUCUUCAAGCAGACAUUCCAAAGAAUUUUUAGUAAAGAUUUUAAUGGAGAUUUCCGAAUGGCAUUUGGUGCUACUUUAGAAGUAAAGACCUCCCGGGAACUGAAGAUUGCGGGAGCUGUUGGUCCUUGUGUAUCUCUGAAUGUGAAAGGACCAUGUGUGUCAGAAAAUGAACUUGGUGUCGGUGGCACAAGUCAAUGGAAAAUCUGUGGUCUGGAUGCCACAUCUACACUUGGCAUCUACUUUGAAGUAGUCAAUCAGCACAACGCCCCGAUUCCCCAAGGAGGCCGAGGCGCCAUCCAAUUUGUCACGCAGUAUCAACACUCCAGCACUCAGAGACGCAUCCGUGUGACCACCAUUGCCCGAAAUUGGGCAGAUGCACAGAGUCAGUUCAAGCACAUAGAAGCAGCAUUUGACCAGGAGGCUGCAGCAGUCUUGAUGGCACGGCUGGGAGUGUUCCGAGCGGAGUCAGAGGAGGGGCCCGACAUACUUCGAUGGCUGGACCGACAACUCAUUCGACUGUGUCAGAAGUUUGGACAGUAUAACAAGGAAGACCCCACUUCUUUUAGGUUAUCAGACUCCUUCUCUCUGUAUCCUCAGUUCAUGUUCCAUCUUAGAAGAUCUCCAUUUCUUCAAGUGUUUAACAACAGUCCUGAUGAGUCGUCGUAUUACAGACACCAUUUUGCCCGACAGGAUUUGACCCAGUCCCUCAUCAUGAUCCAGCCCAUUCUCUAUUCCUAUUCGUUCCAUGGACCACCAGAGCCAGUACUAUUGGACAGCAGCAGCAUUCUAGCUGACAGAAUUUUGCUGAUGGAUACUUUCUUCCAAAUUGUCAUUUAUUUUGGUGAGACUAUAGCCCAGUGGCGUAAAGCUGGGUACCAGGACAUACCUGAGUAUGAAAACUUCAAGCACCUUCUGCAGGCACCAUUGGAUGAUGCUCAAGAAAUUCUGCAAGCGCGCUUCCCAAUGCCACGUUACAUUAACACAGAACAUGGAGGCAGUCAGGCUCGAUUUCUUUUGUCCAAAGUGAAUCCAUCUCAGACACACAAUAACCUGUAUGCUUGGGGACAGGAAACGGGAGCACCCAUCCUAACUGACGACGUUAGCUUGCAGGUAUUCAUGGAUCAUUUGAAGAAGCUGGCUGUCUCCAGUGCCUCUUAAGCUGGGCACAUGAGCUGGAAACUAAAGAAAACACUGUCUGUUGUAUUCAUGAUUGUUUAUAAAAGCUUAAUAACAUUCCUUUUGUUUUCUUUUGGAUUUAAAUAAAUAAUCAAAGGAAGUAUUGUAUGUAAGUCUUUAUAAUUUAUUUGUAUUAUCUGUGCCUCUCCUUGCAUCAUAAAAUUAUAAGGUCAUAAAUGUUUUGGUACUUAUACAUGUUUAUUUACUUUUAGUAUACUAAUUUUACAGUCUCUGUAAAAUCAGAGUUUUGUAUUUUGGCAGCCUGCUUAGAUGAAAACCAUAACGGUCAGAAACGAAAUAAAUUUGAAUGAAGAGAGCAUUGGCGAAAAUAAUGCUAACACAGAUCUGAUUUUCUGA